UCAACACCAAGCGAGAGCCAGAAAUCGACGCAUUGGUGGAUUCUGAUUCUUUCUUUUCGCUUCUCUCUCUGCAUUCUGCAGAUUACGACUCAUAGGGCAUCUGUUUGGAACUUUGCAUGAGGGCCGUUGCGGACGGGGAAAACUACAUGGGUCGUCUGCGUGCCAAAAUCACAAUUCUAGAUUCGACUUCCAUCACCUGCUCUGCUUUCUGGUGUUUCCUCAUAUCAGAUCUUGUUUGCCAAGGUUGAUUCCGUGGUGGUGCUGGUGGUCGACAAUGGGGGACGACAACAAGAAGAAGUACAUUUCGUCGGAGGAGUUGAGGAAGCACAGCACCAGAGAAGAUCUGUGGAUUUCUAUCCAGGGAAAGGUGUACGAUGUGACGGAAUGGAUUAAGCAACACCCUGGCGGAGAUAUUCCAAUCCUCAAUCUUGCUGGCCAGGAUUGUACCGAUGCCUUCAUUGCAUUUCAUCCCGGCUCUGCCUGGAAACAUCUUGACAGAUUCUUUACAGGCUACUAUCUGAAUGACUACGAGGUUUCCGAGGUGUCCAGGGAUUACAGAAGCCUUUGUUCUGAGUUUUCCAAAGCUGGGUUGUUUGAGAAGAAAGGGCAUGGGGUAAUUUACUCUUUCACCUUUAUUACAUUGUUGAUUUUGGCCUGUCUUUACGGCGUGCUCCGUUUUGAGAGUUUUUUGGUUCAUAUGGUGUCUGGUGGACUAUUGGGGCUUGCUUGGAUGCAAAUAUCCUACCUUGGUCAUGAUGCCGGCCACUAUAACAUCAUGGCCACGCGUGGAUUUAAUAAAUUUGCACAAAUUCUGACCGGAAAUUGCCUCACCGGAAUCAGCAUUGCCUGGUGGAAAUGGACUCACAAUGCCCACCAUGUAGCCUGCAACAGCCUGGACUACGACCCUGAUCUGCAACACCUCCCGGUUUUUGCAGUCUCCUCCAGGCUGUUUCAAUCACUGAAUUCCUACUUCUACGGGAGAAAGCUAACCUUUGACCCUCUGGCUAGAUUCUUCGUAAGUUAUCAGCAUUUCACAUUCUACCCGGUUAUGUGUGUGGCAAGGGUGAAUCUUUAUCUGCAGACACUCCUGUUAUUGUUCUCAAAGAGAAAAGUGCCUGAUAGAGCUUUGAACAUACUAGGAAUCCUUGUUUUCUGGACCUGGUUUCCUCUUCUGGUAUCCUGCCUGCCAAACUGGACCGAGAGGGUAGUGUUUGUGCUGACAAGCUUUUGUGUAUGCUCAAUCCAACAUGUUCAGUUCUGUCUGAACCAUUUCGCGGCCAACGUGUAUGUUGGACGUCCAGAGGGGAACGAUUGGUUCGAAAAGCAGACGAGUGGGACAAUCGACAUCUCUUGCACGAAAUGGAUGGAUUGGUUCUUUGGGGGACUACAGUUUCAGCUAGAACACCAUCUGUUUCCUAGGCUGCCUAGGUGCCAGUUAAGGAAGAUCUCUCCUGUUGUUCAGAGCCUGUGCAAGAAGCACAAAUUGCCUUACAGGAGUCUCUCAUUCUUCCAGGCCAAUGCCACCACCAUCAAAACGCUGAGAGCCGCUGCACUCGAGGCUCGGGAUCUGAGCUGCACAGCGCCCAAGAACCUGCUCUGGGAAGCUGUCAACACCCAUGGUUAAGCAGAGGUGGCAUUGUAAUAGUAUGUUUAUUGCUUUUAAGACAGUUUCAUAAUUGAUGUCGUUUGAUUCUAAUCCAUGGUUGGGGGGAGCAUGGAGGUGGUGCUGCUGCCUGCUUGGUAUGUUUUGAGUUUUUAGCCCCUCCCUCUGGAUGACUAGAUCUGGUUCUGACUCAUGCAUUUUGAACAGAACAAUAAAGCUCAGCAUUUUUAUUAUGUACUCAAACUUUAAGAUAAUUCUGCAAACUAAAUCAUCUCAUGAUUCAUGAAUAGAAACUUAUUUAUUUUUGCUUUCA